AUGGCUGAAUCAAAGAUUGCAGAACUGGAACGGAGGCUAAGAGAGGCAGAGGAACGCGCGGAGGAAGCAGAGAAAGAACGAAAGCAGGAGCGGCAACGCGUGAAAGAAGCAGAGAAAGAGCGACAGCAGGAGCGACAACGCGCGGAAGAAGCAGAGAAAGAGCGACAGCAGGAGCGACAACGCGCGGAAGAAGCAGAGAAAGAGCGACAGCAGGAGCGACAACGCGCGGAAGAAGCAGAGAAAGAGCGACAGCAGGAGCGACAACGCGCGGAAGAAGCAGAGAAAGAGCGACAGCAGGAGCGACAACGCGCGGAAGAAGCAGAGAAAGAGCGACAGCAGGAGCGACAACGCGCGGAAGAAGCAGAGAAAGAGCGACAGCAGGAGCGACAACGCGCGGAAGAAGCAGAGAAAGAGCGACAGCAGGAGCGACAACGCGCGGAAGAAGCAGAGAAAGAGCGACAGCAGGAGCGACAACGCGCGGAAGAAGCAGAGAAAGAGCGACAGCAGGAGCGACAACGCGCGGAAGAAGCAGAGAAAGAGCGACAGCAGGAGCGACAACGCGCGGAAGAAGCAGAGAAUGAGCGACAGUAUGAGCGACAACGCGCUGACGCGUCAGAACAACAAACUCAACCGACUACAAUUAACGAAUAUAUCGCUGCCUUGCAUUAUUUGGUUUUCUCCCGUUUCGAAAUUGAACAGGACCGGAAACUGACCUCGAAGGGAUCCAUCACCAACCCGCGAAACAAAUGGUGUCCCACGCGUAUCCAACCAUGGCCAGACUUUAUUCAGCAGCAGAGAAUAACAUUCGGCACACUCUACGACACCUUCCCUGCCAACAGCCGUGUUUUUGAGAAUCGAGCCUUCCUCUCCGGCUUAGGAAAAAGAAUUUCGGGGCGCAGGAUAUCAGACGAGAAGACGCUCGAAUCCUUCCUCCACAUCAGUGUCGAGGAUCCAGUCAGAGCGAUCAUAGACCAGCUCAGGGAGGUGGAAGAAGUUAAAAGCGCAUUCGACCUGGGAAACGGGAUAAUUUUUGAGAAUCAUGCACAUGCCAUCAGCGAUGUUGCAGAUGAGGUCGUCUACCGCGAUACCCCAUCGACACCACCGGCUACUCCAAACCACAGUCUCGACCUCAACCGGCUACGACCCGACCAGAUCUGUGUCUACCGAUCCGACAACGCGGGCUCGGAAAGACGCACAAUGAUCUACAUCUCCGAGUACAAACCGCCCCACAAGCUAACCGCACCGCACCUCCGUCUUGGUCUACGCCCGAUGAAUAUUUACACGGAAGUGGUCAACCGGAAGACCAUCCCGACGUCGAUGGACCCAGACGCACGUUUCCAGUAUCACGCCGAGAGGCUGACUGCAGCCGCGAUUACGCAAACGUACCACUACAUGAUUGAAGGGGGACUUGAGUAUGGGCUUUUGACGACGGGUGAGGCGGUUGUGUUUCUCAAGAUCGACUGGUCCGAGCCUGGGACGCUUCUCUAUCACCUUGCAGAGCCCACUGCUGAAGUUCUGGCCCAUCCGAAUCAUUUUCACUUGUGCACCGCAGUCGGGCAGUAUCUGGCCUUUAGUCUCAUGGCGCUGGGUUUGCCAGGUGAACAACGAUUGCGCGGACAGGACGAGCGGCACCAGGCUACUGAAAAACUCAAGACGUGGGCGGAAGAUUUCGAGACGACGCUGCGAUCGAUUCCGCAGGAACAGCGCCACGCGCCGAAAAGUUCACCAGGCUACGAACCCAAAACAUACCAGGGUGUCGACCGAUCUCCAUACCAUCUCCGGCCAAAACCACGUCGGCUUGUGGGAGACGAGCCCAAGAAGGAAGAUGAACACAAAGAGCCGGGAGAAUCAUCAGACGACGAAUCAGCACGGGAUUUGCCAGACACGCCGAGUCCGGCAGAACGGCGCAUGCGUCAAGUUCGGGGGGGUCGGGGAACUCGACGCAGCGAGCGGAUUCUAGCCCAACGGUCGCGGGGCGGGGGCGGAGGAGGAAGCAACGAGCAAGACAGGCCCUACUGCACACAAAGGUGUCUGUUAGGGCUCGUCCAGGGCGGGUUCCUCGACGCGAAAUGCCCCAACGUGGCGCUGCAUAGACAGCCCAACUCUGACAGCAACAGCCAUCAUGGCUUGAGCCGCGCCUGUGUUCGUCACCCAAUCAACCACGCCUAUUUCCUCUCUCUUCUCCUAAAGCAGCUGAAAUGGACACUAGACGAUGGGAUCACGCCUUUGGGGCAGGGAGGUGCACGCGGCGUAUUAUUCAAGAUCUGGCUGAUCGAAUAUGGUUAUACCUUUGUCGGCAAAGGCACGAUUCAGGCAUUUGUCAAAGACCUUGAGCACGAGGCGGCGGUUUACAAACGGCUGCAUCCCAUCCAAGGUAUACAUGUGCCCGUCUUCCUCGGGGUCGUCGACCUUCGGUCGAUGAACAGGAUAUAUUACUAUGACCACCGGGUCUACGUAGUACACAUAACGCUCUUGUCCUGGGGCGGAUGUGACCUUGACGCGACAGAGACUCUGGGUAGUCGGGAGAGAGAGCUCGAAGACAGGGCGAUGCAGUCGUUACAGGCAAUACAUAAACUGGGAGUGGCCCACAAGGAUGUGCGAGGGGCAAACAUGCUUUUCAACGCGGAGACUAGCGGUGUUAUGAUGAUCGACUUCGAAAGGGCACUGCUGCUUGAGCCACCUCGACCUCCGUUGGUUCAGCUAGCGUCGAACAAACGAAAACGGAAGCCAGAUGUGGUAUAUUCCAGCAAGUCGGGGAAGCCGGUUGGUCGAAGUCAAGUUAGCAGUGUAUUUUCCGAGGACAUUGGGCUGAUGAAGAUGGCCUUUGACAGGCCGCAACCGUUUCAACGCAAAUAA